AUGGUUCGCGUAGGGAAGAGAUGGCACGCUCUUAGAGCUAUUAUGUCACUCCGACAUGGCCCCGGUGCCGCUCUUCUUCCUUCCAACGUCACGAGGAUACACAUGGAGUUCGCCAAGACCAUGAACGAAGGCCACUUCGGCCCCAGGAGGUUCUGGCGCGAUAUGCUGCCCCGUCUAAAGUUCCACAACCCCGCGAUUCCCAUGAUCGUGAACCGCAAGUCCAACAACGAGGGCGCAGCCGUCAUGUCCGUCUACUUCAACACGGGCGCUACCCCUCUCGACCCUUCAACACUUCCUCAGCUCCCCUCAUCCGCCAUCGAUCAGAGCAAGGCCCCUGCGCCUGUCGAGGGCGAGCGCGUCGUCAAGAUUGACAUGAAGAACAAGCGUUCCGAGGAGAUCCUCGAGCGGUUCCUCGCUGAGACCGAGGCGAAUCCUGUGCGCCCGACACCCGAGGAGGAGGCCGAGAUGAAGGAGAUCGAGGCGCUGCGUAUCAAGAGUGAGAAGGACCGUCAGCUUGUCGCCAAGAUUCGCGACGAGGCGAAGAAGGAGAAGGCCAUGCUGGACAAGGCGCGUGCCGAGGUCAGCACGUAA